AUGCUAUUCAACACUCAAUCCGCCCUUGCGGUGACGGGCGUCCUCAUGGCGGCUACCUCAGUAGAGGCUGAAGACUUCAAGGUGUUUCCUCGUGGUAUCGAAGCGACCCUGAUCGGCUGUUACUCCAGCAUUCCUGGAUUUGGCAAAUCCUCCACCUACACAUACCAGAGUUCCGGAUGGUGUCUGGAUCAUUGUUCCAAAGAGUUCGCUACCUUCGCUUUGACAGGAGGCUCCGAUUGUGUGUGCGGCGAUACAUUACCGCCAUCCAGUGAUAAGGUUUCCAGUGACAAAUGCAACAAGCCGUGCAGUGGUUGGCCCUCAGAUAUGUGUGGUGCUUCCAACUACUAUUCUCUCUACACCACAGGGUUGCUGGAUGAUGUUCCUACGUACGAAAAAGAAGAUACCAAAUCCAAAUCAACUACGACCACCAGCAAGGCACAGCAAACAAGCACCACCAAAACCGAAUCGGUUGCGACCACCAUUUCGACCGCGCCUAGUGGAGAAACACAAGUUGUGACAACCCACCCCAGCGCGACCCCCACCCCUACCGAUGACAUUGAGGAACAGACCUCAAAGAGCCACAACACUGCCGCGAUCGCGGCCGGAGUUGUUGUAGGAGUGGUCGGAUUCGCUGCCCUCUGUGGUGCUAUCUUCUUCUGGUGGCGAUCCAAGAGGAACAAGACCAAUCCCGGAAGUGCGCCCGUUGGCGGCUAUGGCCGUGACUCCGGCCCGCCCUCAAUGUCUGAUUCUCGGUUCGAUGGCGAUUUCAUGGCUCAGCGCCGCCAAAGCAAUGGCAGCAUCGAUGACGACCAUGACUUCUCUCGUCGGAUCUUGCAGGUGGCAAAUCCCGAUCGCUAA